UGGACUCACAUAUAGAUGCAAGGCAUUUGACCUAAUAUACAACACACCAGAGCCCUUUAGAAAAGCUAGUUCUUAUUUGUAGAGGAUCUAAAAAGAAAUCCCUGGGUGAUCACUUCUACUGAAAAACUUUAUUUAAUACAUAAUUUUAUAUCUGCUAUAUUUAACAAUUUUGCAAGUUCAUUCUGUUCUUCAAAGAGAAAUGUUGCUCAUUUCUUGGCUGGUGUUUGCUGCACUUUGGGUAUCACAGGCGGCAGGGAGAUGCCCUGAGAUGUGUAACUGUUCUCAAAGAGCAAGUCUUGAGCGCACAGAGGUAGACUGCUACCAAAAAGGGCUGAGGGCAAUCCCACCCAAGCUGCCCCAGGACGCAUGGGUUCUUAAAAUGGGUGGAAAUCUUUUACAAGACCUCCCAGCAAAUUUCUUGAAACAAAUUCCAAAAAUCGAAAGCAUAAACCUGGAACGCAACUCCAUCAAAUCAAUCCACCCUCAGGCUUUAACUGGGGCCAGGAGGCUGAUGUUACUUAAUCUUUUUGGAAACCAGAUCACCAAACUCCCACUAAAAGGCUUUCAGGAUCUAAUAAACCUUCGAUUCCUUAUGCUGGGUCAGAACCGCAUCACAACAAUCAAGCCUGAAAUCUUCAUCGGCCUGAGAAACUUAUCUGACUUGGAUUUACCAAUAAAUUCCCUCACAUCCUUACCUCCUAAUGGCUUUAAGCCUUUAAUUGCACUAAAAGUACUGGAUUUAGCAUUCAACAAGAUUCAGAAGAUUUCUGUCAAGGCUUUUGUUGGUCUAGGAGAGCUGCAGUUUCUGAAUUUGGAUAAUAACAACAUUAAAAAUAUUCCCACUGGAACCUUCAAGCCCAUGAACAAGCUGGAGAUGCUGGUGUUAGACAAUAAUCGUCUUACAACUGUGACGGCUUCUAUGUUUGAGGGUUUGUCUCGUUUGCAGGAGCUGUACUUGAGGAAUAAUGAGAUUGGGAAGUUGCCUGAAGAUGUGUUCAAACACAUUCCCAAGAUAACACAGCUUGCAUUAAGUGGAAACAGGCUGAAGACUAUUGAUGGGAAUUCACUUUCUCAGCUACCAGCUCUCAAGGAAGUAUACCUGCAUGACAACCCAUGGUCAUGUGACUGCAAGAUGAAAUCUUUGGUUAGCUGGCUAUCCCAGACCAGAGCCAACUUAUCUCCUUUUGAAGCUCUCAAGUGCACAUCUCCACCAGAAAAUAAGGAGAAAACCCUUAACAUACUGAGAGUGGACGAUUUAAAAUGCAAAGCCUGAUUACAUUAAACAUAUGUAAGCUUUCAACUAUAGUGUAAUUAGUCUUUUUGACCAGGAAAGAAAGUACAAUUAAUAGUUUAACAAGACGACUAGUGGUAUAUGAGCUUUACAUUCUGAAUACUAGUAAUAUGACAAACAUGCCUUAAAUAAAAUACUGUAGUUUUCAUUUUACAGGUGGCAGUAUCCUAUUAAAAUAAACACAAUACUUAUUAUGAUUGCGCUCUGUAUGCUUCACAUAAAUCGGUGAAAAGAUCAAAAUACUCUAUCACCUACUCAGACAAGUAACUACUGUACAUAACAAGAUUCAAUUUAUUCUGAUACUCUAAAAUACUCCAAGAGCUCAAAGAAUCCACCAAAAACACAUGAGACAUUUCUACUCAAGUACACUGUACUCACCGUUUAUUGUUUCACUAUCAACUAUAUUACUUACUUUAAACCUUUUUCACAUUAAUAAUUAAAUAAAUAAUUUUUGUUUUUCAUUAAAUUUCAUUUACAGAUAAAAAAAAAUAAAUAAAAUUUACUGGAUGUAAAUACAGGCUAAGUUCACUAUAAAUGAGCCCUCAUGGGACUAGGAGAAAUGAUCGUUAUAUCGGGGUGUUCAUUAUAAUAGGGUUUGGCAAUUUGCUGUCUUGGAAUAAUGAAAAACCGCCCAAUUUGAAUUAAACAUCAAUAUAUAGUAUUUUUAUGAAGAUUACUUCACAUUGAUCAGCAUUUAAAUGGUAUGUUUAAAAGAAAACAGUAAAGAAGAAAAUAAUGUACACUUACAUGCUGAAUACAGUAAUUACAAUGUAAUUUACAUGUCCUUCCUCUUGAAAAAUAUAUCCAGUGUAGAGUGCUUCAUAUUUUUCUCAAUGCACUGUUUGCCUCCUCACAGCAUAGCCUAGUUACAGUGUGUGUUAAGAUGGCAGACAGGAAACGAUUGCAUACAUCCUGCAUUAUUCACACUAGAGUAGGUUAUCUUUGAAUUAUACAAUGGCAACAAAAAAUCCCAAGCUCCAAUUGGUCAGCCUUGCACUCGACCCGUGAUGUUAUCCCAUGUAACAGAGCAAGGGCUCUGAAUAUAAAUAGUUUGAGUAAUGUUUGUGUUUUGGUGGUGGUUGGCAGGGACAGGGUUAAUUCCUCUCCCUGCCAAAAACAUGUGAGAAUGUGCUGUUCCCAAACGAGGUAAUUGGUGUUAAUUGGGAACAGCCACAGACUAUUAAAACAGAUCCAGAUCCAUUAAGGAAGAUAUCACCAUGGAGCUGGUGUAAGGGGAGUUUGGCUGUUUAAAGUGAGGUAAACAGGUAAACAGCUUAGCCGUCCUGUGCGAGUCAGGAACCUUUGCAUGUAAUGUUGACUCUCUGUUGUCGGUUCGUUUGCUCCUUAAAAACAUAGACCCAGACACAGAACUUAGAUUUUUGAGCACGACUGCGCACUUUAAUUUUCACAAUACAAAACAAAAACAAAAUAAAAGCCUAGCUCAACAUAGAGCCUAACUUCACUUACACAGGUCCCUGACUCACACACAGGACGGCUAAGCCAUUUACCUGUCAACAAACACCUUACCAAAACAGUUUACCUCUCUUUAAACAGUCAAACUCUCCUUACACCAGCUCCCUGGUGAUCUCUUCCUUAAUGGAACUGGAAGCUCUCUUUUUAUAGU